AUGGGAGUUCUGGAAAUGGACCCGAUUACCCAAUUAAGCUUGCCACCGGGUUUUCGUUUCUACCCGACUGAUGAGGAGCUAUUAGUGCAGUAUUUAUGUAGAAAAGUUGCUGGUCAACAAUUCUCUUUACAAAUAAUUGCUGAAAUUGAUUUAUACAAGUUUGAUCCAUGGGUUUUGCCAAGCAAAGCAAUAUUUGGUGAGAAAGAAUGGUACUUCUUCAGUCCCAGAGAUCGAAAAUAUCCAAACGGGUCAAGACCCAAUCGGGUUGCAGGAUCCGGCUACUGGAAAGCUACUGGUACCGAUAAAGUUAUCACUACAGAAGGUCGCAAAGUUGGUAUUAAGAAAGCUUUGGUUUUUUACGUUGGGAAAGCUCCGAAAGGAACCAAAACGAAUUGGAUUAUGCAUGAAUAUCGUCUCUUAGAAUCCUCUCGGAAAAAUGGAAGCACAAAGUUGGAUGAUUGGGUUUUGUGUCGGAUUUAUAAAAAGAAUUCGGGUGCCCAAAAACCCAUUUCAAAUACCGUUCCAAGCAAAGAAUAUAGCAACAAUGGUUCUUGUUCCUCCUCAUCUUCUCAUCUAGACGAUGUUUUGGACUCGUUGCCGGAGAUUGAUGACCGGUUCUUUGCUAUUCCGGCCACCAAUUCAGCCAAACCAAUGCAUCAUGAAGAGAAAGUCAAUCUCAAUAAUUUUGGUUCGGGUAAUUUUGAUUGGGCCAGUCUUGCUGGAUUGAACCCGGUAUCUGAACUCCUUCCUAGUGGGCCAACUCAAACGCAGGGGAUGCUGAACCAGAGUUAUAUGAAUAGCACUUGUAAUGACCUUUACGUCCCUUCCUUACCGUCUCAAGGUGUACACGUGGAUUCGAAGAUGCUUAACUUGGUUGAAGAGGAAGUUCAAAGCGGUAUAAGAACUCAGAGACUUGAUAACACGGGGUUCUUUCAACAAAACUCCGGCGUUUCGACUCAAAAUUUCUCAAACCCGUACGGGUGUAGGUUCUCGACCCAACCGGGUAGUGGAUUCGGGUUUAGACAAUGA